ACACGCAGGAGCUGCACCGGGCACUCACCCAGGGUCGCUGUGGAGUGGCCGCCCCCAGGAGACCCCCAGCCCUGCACCGGGGGCCAGGGGUCCCUCAGGGUGUCCCUCAGCACUGUCCCCCUGCAGCCUGCAUCCCCCCAGAGUGCCAGGAGGGGCUGGAGCACCUCUGCCUGCGCCUGCUGUGCCGGGGUGUCCUGCGCACCUGGGAGCGAGACUUCACCCGGGCGCUGGGCUCGGGGCUGUGUGACCGGUGCUCAGCAGUGCCGGAGCCGUCGGGGGGAGCGGCGCAGAGCAGCACCGCCCGGCUCCUGCAGCAGCUCUACCCAGCCCUGUCCUUCGCCCUGCGGCACCUGCCGCCCACACCUGAGGGCAGCCCCCCCGGCUCGCCCUGCCUGCGCCUGCAGCUGCUGGGCCGGUGCCUGGCCACGGUGCAGGCCUCCUGCUCCUGGCUGAUGGGCAAAGCCUUCCAGUUCCUGGCGUCCUGGUCCCUCCACCAGUUCCUGCUCGUCACCCAGGGAGACCUGCAGCUGCUGAAGGCCGAGACGGACGCGCUGGUGCUGCUGGUGAGCGCGGCCUUCCUGGAGCCCGGGGACAGCCCCCAGCACCUCGCGCCCCACCAGCGGCUCCGGUCCCACCAGGAGAUGUGGCUGUGCCAGCAGAUCCGCUCCAUGGCUGCCAGCAUCCAGCAAUUUGCGGGGGACGUGCUGAAGAUGUUCUCCACCGACUGCAAGCGGAUGUCGGCCGAGAUCUUUGACCAGACCAUGCCGCUGGGCAAGCAUUGGCGGGUCAGCCUCCGAGCCGAGCUGCCCAGCUCCCCCAGCGAGUACGCGGCAGCAGCGGCCCAGACGGUGCUGGGCCAGGUCCUGCAGGGUGCCCAGCUGCUGCCCCGCGACUCCCAGGUGCCCACCCUGGCCCGGGUCACGACGGCCUUCGUGGAGGCCUGGCUGGAUCACAUCCUGGCUCGGAAGAUCAAGUUCAGCCUGCAGGGUGCCCUGCAGCUGCAGCAGGACUUCGCGCUGGUGCGGGACCUGGUGCAGUCGGAGCACUACGGGCUGGCGCCCGAGACCCGGCAGUCGCUGCUGUCCCUGCGCGUCUUCCAGCAGAUGGACAGCGCCAUCCUCUGCCUGCUGCAGCAGCCCAGCGGCAAGGCCUACCUGUCCUCCCACCCCUGGCCCUCCCUGCGCCAGUGCUGCUCCAACAACGGUGCCCGCACGCAGGAGCUGGGUGCAGGCAGCCUGCACAGCCUGGAGACCCUGGAGGCACCGGGGGCUGUGGCGGGCCCCCCCCCGGCCUCCCCCAGCACCGAGGCUCCCGGCCGGCUGCGCAGCCCCCCCGAGUCCUACCUGGCGGGCAGCCAGCAGCAGUGGCUGUCGCUGCGGCUGCGCGGGGCCCGGCGCUGGCGUGUGCCCGGCCUGCCCUGCAUGGCCAAGAGCCCCGAGGGCUGAGCAGCAAUAAAGCACCCACGGAGCCGAGCCGGG